UCUGCCCCAGUCUAGGCUUGCGUGAGCCGUGGUCAGGGCCUGGCUGUGGUCGACCAUGGAGAUCAAGACCAAGAACGCAAGGGGCCUGCUGCUCGUCCUCUUCCUCGGCCAGCUUGUGGCCUUCUCCCUCGCCGCCGGCAACUUCACCUCCUCCCUCGUUGCUAAUCUUGGAGUUAAUGCACCACUCACACAAUCAUUCUUCGUAUACCUCCUCCUGACCUUAGUUUAUGUACCAAUCCUCUUCCAUCGACGACAGAAGCCGCGGAUACCUUGGUAUUGGUACUUAGCAAUAACCUUCAUUGAUGUCCAGGGGAACUACCUGUUUGUAGAGGCGUACCAGUAUUCAUCCAUCACUAGCAUAACUUUGCUGGAUUGUUGGACUAUUGUGUGGGUCAUAAUACUCACCUGGUACGUACUAGGCACGAGAUACUCUUUCUGGCAAUUCCUGGGGGCAGGGACCUGCGUGGCAGGGCUAUGUCUUGUGCUCCUUUCAGAUGCAAGAUCACCAGAUGUGCAAGAUCCAGGUAAAAUACCACUUCUAGGGGAUGCGCUUGUGAUUGCCGGGACAGUUUGUUAUGCUUUUACCAAUAUUGGACAGGAAUACUGUGUCAAGAAGAAUGACCGAGUGGAACUUGUCGCGAUGCUUGGAUUAUGUGGGGUGCUUGUCACUGGAGUUCAGAUAUUUUUAUUUGAAAGGAAGAACCUAGAAGCAGUUGCCUGGUCUCCAACAAUGAUAAGUUUGUUCGCCGGAUAUGCAGCUGCAACAUUUAUGUUCUACAACAUUACUCCUUUUGUCCUUAAGAUGAGUGGAUCAACGUUGUUAAACCUCUCACUGUUAACAUCAGACAUGUGGGCAGUCGCCAUUCGAGUAUUUUUGUAUCAACAACAGGUAAACUGGCUGUACUAUGGAGCAUUCGCAGUUGUGGCCAUUGGACUGAUCAUCUACUCACUGAAUGAGAGUUCAUCAGGCGGUGGAACGGCUGAAAGCACAGAAGCUGUAGCUCAAUAUCAACAACUUCCGAGUGAGGAUAACUCAAAAGGAAGUUGUUCUAAUUUGGACGGUCAAGAAAGGAAGCAACAGAAGGAAGCUCACAUCUGUUAGUGGGAUCUACAUAUAAGUAACCUCCCUGAUAAUCAAAUAUGGCAAAAUAAAUGUGCUUAGUGUACAAUCUCGUCUGGUUCAUGUAUAUGUAGAAUUGAUACUGCAUCAAGCCAAAGAUUAUUUUAUUUUAGCAUAGCAUCAGUAUAUUUUUUUUAAGAAAGAGUCCUGUAAGUAGUACAUCUUGGCAACAAAGGAAUCAAAAGGAAUUUCUGGACUAA